CGAUGAAAGAGGCUCGAACGCACGAGGCGAGUCAGUACAUCGUCGACCGCGAUCGAACGAGGACCGGCUGCACUUCCGCGAUCCUCGAUUCCCUCCAGUCCUUGGACUCGGGCCAACCUUUUUUCGUCGCUCGCCAUCAAGUUUUUUCAGUGACUCUGAUUACAUUGGAUUACCUGUCGCAAGGAUCGAAACUCAACCCGCACGGGGGAAAGGUACAGAGACCAACGCAACGAUCCGAAAAAACCUGUCCGGCCCGCACGUGUACCUGGAAUUCACCCUAUGAAACUAGUGCGUGUGCAGUGAUCUAGAAUAGAAGACUGUGUUCGAAAUCCGCGUCUCGUGGUGCGCGAUCGCGCCCUCGCAAUCACCGACGAAAAUGACCCAUCAUGUGGUGGAAUCCACCUCCGAGCUGUCUGCUUUCAUGAAAGCGGGUGUCAUGGCGGGGUCCGAAAGGGAUGCCGGGUUCUGCAGCGGCGGAGACGAGGACGAUAUGUCGGGGCUACACUCGCCGAGCGCCUCGGAGGACAGCGUGGAGGUGCAAGUGACGCCGAUAUCGUUGAGAAACAAGAGAAAACUCGCCGAACCGAGGAAGAUCCAAGAGCCUAGCACCGCGCCAUUGAAGAAGAGAAGGUUCGAGGAGGCCGUGGUGGCGGAAGAAGAGGAAUCGAGAACGACGCGAUCGCCGAGCCCGUUUCGACCGUGGAGCAGCUCGAGGAAGAGCGUGGAUUCGAAAAUCUCGCCUCUGAUUCGCGCGGAACAGACCACGGGGACGAAGCCAACCUGCCAAACGGCCUCCUCGUUGCCGUCGAGCACGCUGCCCUCGGCAACGACCGCCGUUUCGAAUCGAGUCUACGAGGACAGCGGCCACGAGGACGAUCGUAGCCGCCAGACCCUGGAAAAUGCCGCCCAAGGGGAAACGGAGGCGGAAGAGCUGCCGUCGAGGCUACGCCAGUCAACGCAAAAUCGUCUACCGCGAAUCGAGAGGCGAGAAUCCUCUCGUCAGAACUUGGACGCGACGACGGUGGUCAGCGUGGCGUCGUCGUCCACGAACGCGACAACAUUGUCGGUGACGUCGACGUCGAUGCCCGUGGUAUCGUCCUCGACGCACCCGAGACUGCAAGAGGAACCGCUGGCGCUCGUUUUAAGGGGCGAAAUAGCCACCAGAGUGCCGUCGCAUCCUGCCGUAAACGGAAGUUACGAGAGGAGGUGCUCGUACUCCGUGGGCCACGCGAACGUGUCGUCCGCUUCGUCGUCCUCCUCCUCGUCGUCCUCGACGUCCUCGUCGUCGUCGUCGGUGUUGCUCAAUCGUCAAGAGAACCGUCGUUCCGGCACGAACGGUUGCGGUUCCUCCCAGACGAUGAUGAUGACGACAACCGCGACGCCGAGCCCGCAAACCGGCCACCCGAGGCAACAUCCUGCGGCCGGCCAACAAAGGAACUACAAGAACAUGACUCGCGAAAGGAGAAUAGAGGCGAACGCCAGAGAAAGGACGAGGGUGCACACGAUAAGCGCCGCGUUCGACACUCUGAGACGCGCCAUUCCCGCCUACUCGCACAAUCAAAAGCUCUCGAAACUGUCCGUGCUGAAGAUCGCCUGUAGUUACAUUAUGACUCUCGGCAAGAUAGUCAAUACUCCCGAGGGAGAGCCGACGAACGGCGCGCCGUUAGGGGCUUGCGUGGAUAUCGUGUCGAAAACAAUUCAAACGGAGGGCAAGCUCAGAAAGAGGAAGGAAGACUGAAACCAUCCACCCACGCGGUCGGGAGAUUAUCGCCCGACAACUGCAACGUACAAAUUAAUGCGCAACCGCCGACGCUGUCGCAGCAGUAUCCUCUAACCCACCGAUCCUCCGCGAUCGAUCUAGAUUGCUUAUCCUCGAUUUCCUUCUAUUCCCCUCGGUUCGUUCACGAUACUGAAUCGAGACGAAAUAUCGGGUCCGCCAGACGACUUGAAAAGAAAAAAAUGUUCAGUAAACCGAGUAACGGAUCGAUAAUCUAUGGGGAUCGAUGCUUAAUCUCACGACUAAUGAGCGCGACUAAUUUGUAACGAGUGCAAAUUAUUAUAUGUGAAAAGUCAUCUGACAUUAUUUUCUAUGAUAAAAUAGGCCGAAUUUGAAAUACGUUUGCAAAAAUUUAGUAUCGAACGAUGGGCGUCCCAGAAAAUAUCCUGGAUUACAAAAUUUUUAUUCGUUGAAUCACGGUUACUACGAAAACUAAAUCGGUGUACGAUGAUUUAUGGUCUCCUGCUUCUCGUUAAAAAAACUGCACCGCGGAAGAGUUUAAAAUUUCGCAAUAUUUUCUGGAACGCACCGAUAUGUUACUUGGAUGCCUCGAGAAGUCAAGCGAAUGGAUAAGAAUGAAUAAAGCGAUCAGUCUUUAUUAUUUAAAUUACGAAGGUACGUGGAGGACAAAGAGGAAGAAGCUUCUGAAACUAAAGCUACGUGACGUGAACCUAGAUCUCGGGUCAACAUUCCUUGUUGUCGCCUGCUGGCAUGUGGAGAACCCUCGUUCUCGGCCCGUGCCACAAAAAAUUACAUUUACGUUUUCUGUUGGGUACCGUUUUCCCUCGGUUUGAAUCAUCGGCCCGAUAGUACUUAUCUUUAAGCAACAGAUGACCAUCGCAAUUAAUUGUGAUCAGAAUACGAACGUUCUCUGGUUUGUCCCGGUAGUUAUAUUGUGCAGCAAGUCCAAGAUUAUAGCGCUCGCGAACGUUACGAAAGAAUGUAUGCAUGUAUGUAUGUAUGAACGGCAUCGGGCUAAGCAGCACGUUGCUUCGAUUCGCGCAUCGACCGAUAACGAUGCGCACCUAAGUGUAUCCUUCUACGUUGUAAAACGAUUAUUGAGGCCGCACGCGCCCACUUCCAUCAAAGUUCAACGAAAUAAAA